ACAACAGUUCAUACACUUAUUUUUUGUAAAGGUAGAAUUUAGGUUUGUGAUAAAAACUAAAAGAACUUUAGUUCUCAGCAGAAUGUCAGAUGAAGAUAUCGAGAAAUGGAUGAAAGAUGGCCGCAACAAAGAUUUACAGGUGUCAACGAGUUGCUCGAGCUUCGAGGUGCUGGACCCGCACGACCCGGUGAUCAGCCGCCACGCCACGCAGCUCUUCAAGCGCACCAAUGACUACCUACAGGGAGAGAUGUCUGCGGGCCAGGACCACUACAACCUGCUGGAGCAGAUCAACCGACUCACAAUAACCAAGUAUGCUGAUCUCCGGAGCCUGGCGGUGAACCUGAGCAAAACACUCAACGAGUAUAAUGAAAUGUACAACACCCAGAUCCGUCCACUGCUACAGCAGAUAGACGCCAUCGACGCGCAGGUAUCUAGGUUCGAGGCCAGCGCGUACCGCCUCGACGCUUACACCAAACAGCUCAAACAGCGCUUCAAGGAACUCGAGGACAAGUAGCCAGAACAAGCCCUCCACUGAUGAGCAGAUGCCAGGCGGAUGUAGCAAGCGAACUAGUCUAAUUGCUGAUGUGCCGUCGGAAAGUUUCCAAAAAGGCGAAAUUUUCACAUUGAAAAGUUUCGGAAACUUGUCAUGUUUUCGUAUCCUGGAAAUGGAAAUUUUUCGUUUCCAAAAUGAAAGUUUCCUAUGAAAUUAUCUAGAUAUUUCCGCGAACAAUUCCAACUUUUUUGAAAGUUUUUG